UAUUUGCUAGAAUGCGGAGGCCCACACCAUUGUAUAAUGCUCCCUCCAAAACCAAAUCUUCUAACAAGACUCUCCGUCGUCCACCGCCGUGCUAUAACUUCAUCGUCUCUGCACCAAACGCCGCCGCUGUCUCUCGCGGCGGACAAAUGCCGAUCCAUGGACCAGCUGAAGCAAAUCCACGCCCAAAUGAUCACCACCGCCCAAAUUCACGACGCCUUCGCCGCCAGCCGCCUAAUCAACUUCUCCGCUCUCUCCGAUUCCGGCGACCUCACCUACGCCCUCAAAUUGUUCGCCAACAUCCCCGCGCCCAACACUUUCAUCUGGAACACUCUGAUCAGAGCUCACGCCACCAGCUCCAACCCCUCCGCCGGCCUCCACCUCUACUCCGAAAUGCGGAGGCGCGCCGCCGCCCCGGGCAAGCACACGUUCCCCUUCGUCCUCAAAGCCUGCGCGAAUUCUCAAUCCGCGAAAUGCACCGAGCAGAUCCACGCUCACGUGCUCAAAUUCGGGCUGGAUUCCGAUUCGCACGUGGCGAAUGGCCUGAUUAGGGCGUAUUCCGUAGCAGGCAUGAUGGGAGACGCACGCAAAGUGUUCGACGAAAUGCCUGAUAGAAAUCUGAGCGUUUGGACGACUAUUAUAUGCGGCUACGCCCAAAACAAUUCCGCGGAGGAAGCGAUGGUGCUCUUUAGCGCCAUGGUUUCGGAAGGAUUUGAACCGAGCGGAGUUGUUCUUGCCUCGGUUUUGUCUGCGUGCGCGCAGUCGUCGUGCUUGUCAUUGGGGAAGGAGAUCCACGCGUACAUAGACGAGAAUGGAGUGGAAAUGAACGUUAUUCUUGGAACUGCUUUAAUCAACAUGUAUGCGAAGAAUGGGGAAUUGAUCGAAGCAAGGCGAAUUUUCGAUGAGUUGAGAGAGAGAAACGUGGCGACAUGGAACGCCAUGAUCUGUGGGCUGGCCCUCCACGGCCGUGCCAGUGAAGCCAUCGAUAUGUUUGCAGAGAUGGGGAGAGUGAGGCCUAACGGCAUCACUCUUCUCGGAGUUCUGUGUGCAUGCUGCCAUGCGGGGAUGGUGGAUUUCGGGAGGGAGGUGUUUUACUUGAUGGAGAGGGUGUACGGCGUGGAGCCAAACCUGAGGCACUACGGGUGCAUGGUGGACCUGCUGGGGCGGGGAGGCCGGAUUUUGGAGGCGGAGGGGCUGAUCAGGGAGAUGCGGUGGGAGGCGGAUGUGGCAAUUUGGGGGGCGUUGUUGAGCGGCUGUAGGAGUUCAGGGGAUAUUGAGGCAGCGGAGAGGGUUGUAGGAGUGAUUCAGGGGUUGGAUCCUACGAAUCAUGGGGUACAUGUUGUGUUGUCGAAUAUGUACGCAGAGGCAGGGAGAUGGGAGGAUGUGAUGAACCGGAGGAAGGCGAUCAAGGAGGGGAGUUUGAACAAGACGGCUGGGUGGAGCGCCGUUGCUGGUGACCGGAAUUACAAGACGGCCGAUGUUUUCAGCUAAUUUACACAACUAGGAGUUCAAGAAUUGAAGAAUUCACCACCGAGUUCGAUCGAUCCACCAUCAGGCAUCAAGGAUAACGGCGGUCAACCCAAUUUUUUAUGAAAACCUCGAUCAUACGAAUCCGUUUGGCACGACAGAGGAACAUAUUUAUAACAUAUAUAUAGGCGGCCAUUAGUGCAGCCUCCUUUCUUCUUACAUAUAGACCUCUGUAAAUAUUACAAGUGCAAGUGAUACUGAAUCUACGUGCAUCUUCACAAACAAA